AAGUGAUCUCUACGACGCUACACCCGGUAUCCGCCCAUACAAGCGUUUAGGCCAACCUCGAAUUCAGGACAGCAGGCCGAACGCUGUAUCAAAUGGAAAGUUCUAUCGAUUAAUUUCCUCUCUUUCCUCCGUAGCUCAUUGACAUUUAAAAGACAUUUCAUGAACACAAAUGCGGUCGUUUCAGUGUGAAGAAGGAAAUGCUGAGAUCGUGUGAAAAAGGACUAUCUGUUUGACUUAUUUGGUCGCUACUUCGGACACGGAACUCCACACUCAAAAGGUGAAUCAUGACAGAAUACAAACUGGUAGUGGUGGGGGCUGGAGGCGUGGGUAAGAGUGCCCUUACCAUCCAGCUCAUCCAGAACCACUUUGUGGAUGAAUACGACCCCACCAUCGAGGACUCGUACAGAAAGCAGGUGGUGAUUGACGGGGAGACGUGCCUGCUGGACAUCCUGGACACUGCAGGUCAGGAGGAGUACAGUGCCAUGAGGGACCAGUACAUGAGGACAGGGGAGGGCUUCCUCUGUGUCUUCGCCAUCAACAACACCAAGUCCUUUGAGGACAUCCACCAUUAUAGAGAGCAAAUAAAGCGAGUGAAGGACUCUGAGGAUGUCCCCAUGGUCCUAGUGGGUAACAAGUGUGACCUGCCUUCUCGCACAGUGGACACCAAGCAGGCCCAGGACCUGGCCCGUAGUUAUGGCAUCCCCUUCAUCGAGACCUCGGCCAAAACCAGACAGGGUGUUGACGAUGCCUUUUACACGUUAGUCCGGGAGAUCCGAAAACACAAGGAGAAGAUGAGCAAAGAGGGCAAGAAGAAGAAAAAGAAAUCCAAGACUAAGUGCAUACUCAUGUGAAUACCCCUCACUUCCCCCUCCCUCUCCCCCAGCCCCCCCCCCCCCCGCCCUUCUCCGAGACAGACUAAAACAAAAAUGUGUUCAACUGUUGAAAUAAUACAUUUUGUACAUUACACUAAAUUAUUAUCCUCUUUAUCUCAAUACCUACAUUGCUGAAUACUAAACCAAUGUGUCUGCCUUCUCCCCCCCCCUGUUAUUUGCUUCAUUUGAAACCAAUAAGCUUUAUUUUCUGUUUUGUGCCAGUCUCCCAUGUGUGUUGGUCCAGUCACUGGACAAGUAGGCAGGAGGCCACACAGUCCUGUCAAAAGAAUGUCCGUAACAACAAACUAUCAAUACUCUUUAAUUGUACGCAUGUUGGACAUGGUAGUAACAACUUUUCAAACAAGUGAUUUCCUGUGCUGGGAAGCCAUGUCCUGCUAGGAUUUCAACCUAGCCUUAUCCAGUAUGGAACGCCAAAGAUGAAUUCCAUCCCAUUCAGUCGUACACAGAGCAGAGCAAGGACCAACACUUUAGUGGGCAAAAUCCUUAAUGUCCCCCCCGUCAGGGUGUGUCGCCGUCAGGGUGUGGCCCCCCCCCCCCCCCCCCCUCGUUUGGAGACGCCUCUGGGCAGAUGACGUCAUCUGUUGCCGAAGCGUCAGACACACCCCUCUGCGUGUCUGGGUUUCCUCUCCUGCGUUAUGAAUAAUUCCCCUGUAUUAAGUUAGAUACAGCUUUCAUUAUAAUAUAUUUUGGAAAAAAAUUGAUUUUCUUUCACUGUUAUCCAUGCACCAUGCUCUCACUGUUAUCCAUGCACCAUGCUCUCACUGUUAUCCAUGCACCAUGCUCUCACUGUUAUCCAUGCACCAUGCUCUCACUGUUAUCCAUGCAUCCAUGUUUAAAACUGGGGAGCCGGGGGGGGGGGGGGGGGUCUCAGUGGGAGUGAGUUGAACGUUGAUGCCCCCAGAUGGCAGUAGAUCAAGCCUCGUCCAUUCUCUUCUGCCAGCAACACAUUCUGCUAUUUUGGCUUUGGUUAAAUGAAUGGCUUGACAGCUUAUUAAAAAGCAAUCCUACGUCAAACAGCAUCUCUGUUCUUCAGCGAAUUUUCUUCUUUUUUUGUGCUGCCAGAAACAUGUCCCUGAGUUUGGCGUCGUUGAAAGAGUUAAAAAUAUUGAAAAUAACUUUUUAUUUCCUCCAAAUAUGUUUAUGGAGCUUGAUAGAGAGGGGGCUUGUUUAUGCUUGGAAAGGCAUGUCCUUGGACACCUUUUCAACUUAAAUUACUGUCCGGUAAAAUAAUUAGUAUGUAAUUUUUUUUUAUAUUUCACAAAGCGUUCUGUGUCUGAGUGAUGGAACUGGAACGGAUAUCUGUAAAUGAGGCGGUGAUUGCCGUUAAAUAUGUUUUUAUUCUGAAUUUGUAUUAAAAAAACCACCCUGGAAUAAGUUGACAUAUAUUUCACCAACCUGUCUCUGGGUAAAAUGUGCCUGGGCCUUGUACACAGACCCUUCUGUGUACACUUAGGUGCUAUAUGUGAACUGCAGCCCAGUGAACUGAGGCAACAUCUGCACAUUUCAGUGGUUUAGACCCACAUAUUUACACAAACGUGCGUGCAUGUGCACACAACCAGACUUGCACAAAAUGCUAUUUGUGAGUAACAAUAUUACAAGUGAUACAGAUGACAUAGACAAUGCAAUUUAUUCUCAGAAUGAAACUUUUUUGUUUUUGUUUUGAUCCAAUGUAUUAUGAUCUUUUUAUUAUGUUCAUAAAGUAGAUGUUGACUGGUUAUGCGGUUUAAUUAUGGAACCAAUUUCUUAACAAUGAUGUUAAACUAAUUCUGAAAUGUCCCUCUUUACAUCUUUAUUGUUUUAUUUGUUGCGUGCCAACGGCGGAUUUCCAAAAUGUCUUGUUUAUACCCGGAGUGUAUUUUAACAACCUUUGUAUAGUUGUGAUACUGAAAGGUGCAUAUUUUGUAAAUCGUGCUUCAAUUUCGUUGGUGUGUCUAAAUGAAUGUUGCGUUAAACACAGAGUCCCGCCCCUCUGUCGAGGCUCAGGGCUCCAGGGUCCUCUGUCGAGGCCCAGGGCUCCAGGCUCCUCUGUCGAGGCCCAAGGCUCUGGCCUCUGGGCUCCGGGCAUCGGCCCAGGCCUGGAGAGGAAAUGAAUGACCACUUUUCACCACAUUUUCUGUAGCUGGCUGUGGGCAGCGUAUGUAGUGUGGUGACCUGGUCUUGAAUCACCACUUCUAUUUAACGUGUAAUAAAGACAACAUGAAGAGGAA